UAUUGACUAGCAGGUUCAAGCGAUGUAGUGAGUCUGACUGGAGGGGUUGGGUUUAGGUUAACAGGAUUAAAGGCUCAAAGGCUCUUUGUCACUCCUCGAAUAUUUUAGCCAAGAAAACUGACCCACAUGUUAACUCGAUUAUUUUAUAUAGCGGGACAGAGCCGAGUUUGGGUUUUUCAGGAACAGCAGUUGGUUGUUUGUAAUGUUAGUCAGCAGAUCGAGCGAAAGGACAUAGUGGACUCCAGACAUCAUAUGUUUUUGUGAUUAUUGCACCUUAUUUUUAUCUGUACCACUUCAACCUUCAACUGCUGGACUUCCGGAACAGAAAAUGAAUAACCUUUCCUUUAGUGAGCUGUGUUGCCUGUUUUGCUGCCCUCCGUGUCCUAGCAAAAUUGCCUCAAAACUCGCUUUCCUGCCCCCCGACCCUACGUACACCCUGAUCUGUGAUGAGAGCGGCAGCCGGUGGACUCUGCACCUCUCGGAACGAGCAGACUGGCAGUACUCAGCCAGGGAAAAGGAUGCCAUUGAGUGCUUCAUGACCAGGACCAGUCGAGGAAACAGAGUAGCCUGUAUGUUUGUUCGCUGUUCCCCAAAUGCCAAGUUUACCCUGCUCUUCUCCCACGGGAAUGCUGUGGACUUGGGUCAGAUGAGCAGCUUUUACAUCGGACUUGGCUCUCGAAUAAACUGCAAUGUCUUCUCCUACGAUUAUUCUGGGUAUGGAGCAAGUUCUGGGAAGCCAUCAGAGAAAAACCUCUAUGCAGACAUUGAUGCUGCCUGGCAGGCACUCAGGACACGGUACGGCAUCUGCCCUGAAAAUGUGAUCAUAUAUGGCCAGAGUAUAGGAACAGUACCAUCGGUGGACCUUGCUGCACGAUAUGAGAGUGCAGCUGUCAUUCUGCAUUCUCCCCUGACCUCCGGAAUGCGGGUAGCUUUUCCAGAUACAAGGAAGACAUACUGUUUUGAUGCAUUUCCAAACAUUGACAAAAUUUCUAAGAUUACCUCUCCAGUAUUGAUUAUUCAUGGAACAGAAGAUGAAGUCAUAGAUUUUUCACAUGGACUAGCACUGUAUGACCGCUGUCAAAGACCAGUGGAGCCGUUAUGGGUGGAAGGAGCUGGCCAUAAUGACGUGGAGCUCUAUGGACAGUACCUUGAAAGAUUAAAACAGUUUGUUGCACAUGAGCUGGUGAAUUUGUAAAAUAUAUAUAUAUAUAUAUAUAUAUAUAUAUAUAUAUAUAUAUAUAUAUAUAUAUAUAUAUAUAUAUAUGAGAAAAAGGGACUUAAAAAUGUUAUAUAACUGUGAAUUUGUUUUGUUUUGAUUGCUGCUUCUUGUCAUUUACUGACUGCAUGUGGUGAAUAAGAUGUAAACCUGAGGGUUUAUUUGCAAAUCAUGUUUGCUGCCUUUUGAAGAAAUGUUUGCAAAUAUCAGUAAUGAAGGUUUUCAUGCCAGGUAUUUAAAGAAAAAAAAAGCUGGAAUACUGUCAUGCAGUCGGUCUGUAACUCGUUUCUGUACUUAGUUCUUUAUGGUUAAACAAUUGUUGUUUUCAUUUUUAUAAUAUUUAACUGUAGAUGUACUACAUAACAUUUAGAAAGUACGGUAGAAAUUAUAAUGUAAAUUCAGAAAAUUGCUGUGCAAGUGUUGCCAAAUGUUCAGCAUAUCGGAAUCAAAUUUAUACAGAAACAUUUUUAAACAUCUCAAGAAAGCUGUUUUUUUUGUUUUAUAUAUUUUGUUUAAUUAUGUACAAUAAUAAAAAUAAUAAUUCAAUCGGC